UGAGGCCGUUCGGAGGCCGAGGCGCGCACGUGCGGCCGUGCCUGACCAUGGCUGACCUCAGCAAGAGGCCGCCGUCGCGCUAGCCGGCCACCGCCACUCGCUCCGCUCGCCGAGGCGCGUUCGGCGUGGCCUGACGCUGAAUGCGCACCUCCCAAACCGACGCCUGCCCCAGACUGCAGCGCGGGGCACGACGUCCAGCGCCGACGUCCGCAGCCUGACUCCCUCCACCACACCCCUCAGCACACCUCACACUUCACACACACAUCUGCCAGUGCAUGGCCAUCUAGCACACCCACACACUCCUCACCAUGCCCGCCAACGCCGCCGCCUCGUCCAGCGCCCCGCGCUCCUUCGACGUCAUCGUCGUCGGCGCCGGCGUCGUCGGCGCGGCACUGGCCUUCUCGCUGGCGCGCUCGGGCCGCCGCGUCGCCAUGCUCGAGCGCGACCUCGCCGAGCCGGACCGCAUCGUCGGCGAGCUGCUGCAGCCGGGCGGCGUGCGCGCGUUGCGCCUCCUCGGCCUCGCCGACACGCUCGACGGCAUCGACGCCGUGCCCGUGCAGGGCUACCAGGUCUUCUACGGCAAGCGUGCCGUGCCCAUUCCGUACCCGCAGGAGGCGCCCGAGGACGUCGGCCGCGGCACCAAGAGCUUCAGCGGCAAGGUCGAGGGUCGCAGCUUCCACCACGGCCGCUUCGUGCAGAGCCUGCGCCGCCGCGCCCAGGCGCACGAGCGCGUCACGACGUUCGAGGCGACGGUGCGCGAGCUCGACGAGGAUGCCGAUGGCCGUGUCGUCGGCGUCACUGCCACGCCCAAGGCCGAGGGCGACGCGAAGCCCGAGGAGCUCGUGCUCAAGGCGCCGCUCACCAUCGUCGCCGACGGCUGCUUCUCCAAGUUCCGCCGCACCCACGGCUCCACCAUUGCGCCGACGGUGCGCUCCAACUUCGUCGCGCUCGAGCUCAAGAACGCGCCGCUGCCGGCGCCGGAGCACGGCCACGUCGUACUGGGCCCCGCUGGCCCGACGCUGCUCUACCAGAUCAGCCCGACGGACACGCGCGUGCUGGUCGACGUGCCGGGCGUUAAGCUGCCGUCGCAGUCCAAGGGCGAGCUGCAGGCGCACAUCCGCGACAAGGUCGUCGCGCAGCUGCCCGAGGUGCUGCGGCCGUGCGUGCUCGAGGAGCUCGAGCGCACGACGCGCUUCCGCAGCAUGCCCAACAGCUUCUUGCCGCCAAGCAUGCAAGGCCAGAACAAGCAGCGGCGGGGCGUCAUCCUCGUCGGCGACGCCAUGAACAUGCGGCAUCCGCUUACGGGCGGCGGCAUGUCCGUCGGCCUCUGGGAUGUCGUGCACCUCACCACGUCGCUCGGCGGCGAGGAGUGGACGCCGCUGGAGCGCGACGCAAAGCAGGGCGGCUCGCGCGACCUGGCCGAGUGGGACAGCCUCAAGCCGGCGCUACGGUCGUGGCACUGGCGGCGAAAGGGCCUGGCGAGCGUCAUCAACAUCCUCGCGCAGGCGCUGUACAGCCUCUUCGGCGCCGACGACGAGAACCUCGAGGUGCUGCGCGAGGGCUGCUUCGGCUAUUUUGAGCUCGGCGGCGAGUGCGUCGGCGGGCCCGUGCGACUGCUGUCGGGCCUCGCGCCGCAGCCCAUGCUUCUCGUCUACCACUUCUUCAGCGUCGCGCUCUACUCGAUCUACACGCUCUUCUCCAAGCCGCGCGUGCACAAGGGCGAGAGCGAGGCGCGCGUGCCGGGCUUCCUCGACUGGCCGGCCCUCAUGUGGCGCAGCGUCGCCGUCUUCUGGACGGCAUGCGUCGUGCUGCUGCCCGUCGUCUUCACCGAGCUGCGCUCCAACGUGCCCUCGUUCAACCGCGCCGCGAGCAUGAUGGCGCCCGGCGAGGUCGGCAAGAAGGAGUCGCGCUUCAACAACGUCGUGCUCCUCGUCGGCCUCGCUGCGGCCGCUGCCUACUACGUCAACGGCGGCGCGCAGAAGCACCGCCUCUCCGACCUGCUUGUGUUCCCCACUGCCAAGGCCCAGAGCCUGAGCAGCUAGAGUGCCCGUUCCCUGCCCACUGGUUCAUACUUGCCCGCCUGCCAUGCCCUAGACCGAUACCUCAGCCACCGUGCAAUGUCAUCUCGCCAUCAUCAC